GUCAAUGUGCGGGGGAGGCGUUGGGCAACGGUGAAGCCACAGAGUUGCAUUUCCUCUCCAGAGGCAAAUAGCGCACCGUUGGAAGAGGUGACGGGUGGUUUCGGAGGGAGGUAAGCCCAGCCGCUGCCCUAGGAGCCGACCGAUACUGGAGAGGGUUUUGGCAGCGAGAUCACUCCAGCCUCCGAGAGACUCGACCAGGAGAGGGACAAACGACACUCCCACAGCCCGGCAUGAGGCUGCGUGAAGGGCCAUCUUCCUCUCUUCUCCUACUCUCAAUGCGUGCCCUUGGACACUGGCUUCAAACAAUUCGUUUGCCAGUCUUCACACUACAUCAUUCAAAACUCAUGUCAUGAGUAAGAGUGGCGACAAUUGUGUGGAGUAAAAUUUACACGAGCAAGAACUGUCAGUUUGAAGAUGUAACCAUCAUCCAUUGUACUAAUGCACUAGGUCAUCCCUGUCUUGUCUCCUUGCUUUUUAUGCCAUCCAUAUAUUCCACACUUUUUUAAUUUGCAGAAUUUUUUUAUUUACUUGUUCAAACUAUUAUCCAGGCAAAUGCAUCACAACUGUGCACUAUCUAUGGAAGAGCUACAGAAGGUAUAGGCAGCAGGGCAUGUGCAACAGAAUCAACACUCUGGUGUGCCGUGGUCCUUCAAACGGUUUGGAAAUUCUGGUUUUGAUGGGAAAAAUUAAGUUCAGUGUAUUGCUGCUAAGCCUUGGGAGACUGAAUAAAAUAAUGUUUGCAGAAACACAUGUUUGCUCAAGAUUGUUGUUAGCUGUGUACAGAACUAAGGUGUUGCAUAUAGCUGCCUAGAGCUCUAAGUGGAGUCACAUUUCUCAGUCUGGGAGUAGUUAGUGAUUUUUAACUUCAUGACCCAGCAGUAGCCGAAAACCGCAGAUUACAUUAACCUUUAUGCCAAUGCUGAAUUUAAACCUUUCAAGUGUGAACCACUGUGUGGGAUGGGGUAUUUUCGUAGACCCCCCAAUCCCGUCUUCAAACAAGCAGAUAUCACGCCCACACAUGCAUUCAUGCACUGUAUAAAAGCAGCGGGGCUAGGCAGAGGGCAUGCAACAGACCUUCCAUGCUCUAUCUUCUUUGGCUAGAAGAUGUCAAUGAUGCAGUGCUACAUUGCUGGUUCCGUUAUUGCCCUCAUUCUUUUUGCAGUGGGACACAUUUCUCAGUCUGGGAGUAGUUAGUGAUUUUUAACUUCAUGACCCAGCAGUAGCCAAAAGCCGCAGAUUACACUGCCAUAGAUACCUGUCCCUGUGUACAUCCUGCUUCAGUUUGAGAGAGGCCAGAUAACAAGAACUGCAAUUUAAUACUGUCUCUCAAGCCCACACAGCCACCCACACAACCUCUUUCAUGUAUGGACCCUGUGUAAGUUGGAGUAUUUGGGUAGAUCCCUCCCUGCCCUGAUACUACAAGUAAGUAAACUACAAGCGGACCUCAGACCCACACAUGCACUCAUCCACUGUAUAAAAGCAGCAGGGCUAGGCAGAGGGUAUGCAACAGACUUUUAAUAAUCUAUGGUCUUUGGCUAGAAGAUGUCAAUGAUGCAGUGCUACAUUGCUGGUUCCGUUAUUGCCCUUAUUCUUUUUGCAAGCAGGAUUGAAGCUCUUGGACCAUUUGAUACUGGAGCUGGGAAUACUUACAAAUUGCAAGUUACCCAGGAUGUGUGCCUUGAAAGGGGAUCUAGGAACUACAAUUACCUUCAGUACCUUAUUGUUGGUACUCACCCUUACUAUCCUCUUAAACGAUCUCUGUUACAGUUUGAAGAUCUUCCGUCUACUUGUACACACGUUGACUGGGCCAAACUGUAUGUGUAUUUCGCAUAUGCACACAAACCAAGCUUUCUGUCGGUGACACAAGUACCAUACAUUUCUCGACCACUGCAAGUAUAUCAGGUGAGGCAGAACUGGUCUGAAUCUGAAGCUACCUCAACCUUUCGUGUCUCUGGUCAGCGAUGGAAUCAGCCAUGGCUCGCUCUGGAUGGCAGUGAUGCUGAUCCCAAUGGCCUUCUCUGUUAUCCUGUUACUAUCUACACCAGCAGGCCUGCAGGUUUCAUAGAAUUUGAUAUCACUGAAGCAUUGCGCAACUGGCAAAGUGGAGAUCCCAACUAUGGUGUUCUACUACUGGCAACGAAUGAGAAUGCUCUGGGAAGAGGCAUCAGAUUCUAUAGUAAUGCUAGGGGGAACUCACAACAGCAUGCAUUUGUGAAUGUACUCUGUGACUAGAGAGCAGCCUGUUUGCUAUAUUAUGUAAACUCGCUU